UAAGGUGCGACAGUUGAUAGAAUCUGAACAAUUUUAUCAACGCUCCAUUUAAUAACAAAUGAGUGCAAUUUUAUCCUCAAGUUAAUAAUAACAAUAAUGGAGAAUGAAAAUCAUAUUGAAAAAGUGACGAAAACAAAAUUUCUAAUUGAAGAUGGAGAAAAUGAAUUACUUUUACCAUACUUAAGUAAAAAAGGUUUAUCAUGGCAGUUAGCAAUUUUAUUUAUUGUAGGAGAAAUUCUUGGUAGAGGUGUUGUUGCCAUAGGCGAUGCAGCUGUAAAUACAGGUUGGUGGAGCAUUAGUCUUAUGAUGAUCAGUUUUUUCAGUAAUUUGUUUAUGACAAAGAUUUUAGUUGAAAUAAUUACACUGAUUGGAGAAGAAGCUCAUAAAACCCGUGAUCCAUAUACUCGAGCAGUUGAAUGUGCCUUUGGAAAAAAAGCAAAAUUGAUUUCAACAUUUAUUCUGCAUUCAUAUACUAUAUUUGUGACUACAGUUUAUCUAUUGCUUUCUACAGAGUUGUUAAUUAUGUUUUUUGAUGAGUUUGUCCCAAGUAUGACUACUACUCUUGGACUUCGUCUGUGGUUGUGCAUUGUUGUAGUUAUAUUGAUUCCAAUUACUUGGUUAGGAACACCUAAUGAUUACUGGGUUAUUGCAUUAGGUGCUUCACUCACUAUAAUAUGCGCUGCAAUACUUGUUUCAACCAGCUUAUUGCUUAAUCCUCCUUCUGAUAUUAGCAAGGUGCCUGUUCGUAAUGUUACACCUGUAACUUUUUUUUUUGGAAUGGGAUCUAUCUUGUUUGCAUUUUGCGGAAUUCCAUUUCUGCCAAAUAUUCAAAGUGAUAUGAAAGAUGGCAAAUUAAUGUUUAAAUCUUCUGUUUUUUCCUAUGUUAUUGUAGCAUCAGUUUAUAUUCCAGUUGGAAUUCUUGGAAUUGUUUUGCUCGGUAAUAAUAUCAACCCAAAUGUUAUUUUAAAUAUUGUAAGUCAAUCUUUAAAAUUACAAAAUGGUUAUAUGAAGGUUGUUUUAAAGAAUCUAGCGUAUACUGCAUUAGUUCUUCUUGCUGGGCAUUUUUUAUUUGCUUACAACCUCAUAUUCAACAAUCUUGCUCAAGAAUUAGAAGAAAUAAUCAAAAUAAAACGAGUAUUUUGUUGGCAAAGAUGUCUUCUUCGAGCUAUAUUUGUUUUAUUAACUUUGGUAUUUGCCCAAACCAUCCCUAAAUUUGAAAUUAUCUUAUCGCUGGCUGGUGGUGUACUAAUCACCACACUCUCUUACGUUAUUCCUUCUUUAUUGUACAUUAAGCUUAUUGAUAAUGUGAGUAUUUCUUAUACAUGCAUAAUGGCAACGAUAUGUACAUUUGCAGCAAUAGUGUGUUUUGGUUCAAUUUAUUCGAAUGCCAUAAAAAUUUAUAAUUUUUAUAAAAAUCCAGUCUAGUUGUUUAUUGCUUUCAAGUUAUAUAAAAAAACAAAUUUUUAUUUCACGUUAACAUUUUUAUACUGCUUUUUUAGGAUUAAUUUUUUUGUUUUCUUAAUAACCUUUUUCGAAGUUAUUUUUUUUUAUCUGUG